UUGAAUGUCAAACAAAGGAAGUCAAAAUCGUCAAAAUUUUGACUUUAUAAAACCAUAACAAAAUAAAAGAGGAAAAAUGAAUUUCAUAUCAUUAUGUACCCGGAAAACAGUAUCGUUUCUUUUCAAGAGGAAUUUUUACAAAUGCUCCACUGGGGCACAGAAAGAUAAAAUGCUAAUUGGAAAUCCUUUCUGUCUGCAGCCGAUUGGUUCUGAGGACGACAACCAUACUCUACGAAGACAUAACAACUGCAGGCGGCAGAGGCUAUACGAAUUUGGCUUGUAUGUAGCUGCAUGCAUGCCCAAAUUUGUACAGAAAGUGCAAAUGCAACAUAGCGACGAACUUGAGAUAUUAGUCGCUCCAGAGGGCUUCUUCCAGGUACAAUCCUUCAUGGCUCAUCAUCACAACGCCUGCUUUAACGUUUGUUCCAGUUGCACCGCGGUUGAUGUACCAACCAGGGAGUACAGAUUCGAAGUAGUGUACAACUUGCUUAGCUUGAGAUAUUGCGAACGCGCUAGGAUAAAAACUUACACUGAUGAACUAACGCCGGUACGUUCCGCGUAUCCUCUGUGGAAAGUUUGCAACUAUUUCGAGAGAGAAAUAUAUGACAUGUUCGGGAUCAUAUUCACUGAUCAUCCGGAUUUGAGGCGGAUCUUAACUGAUUACGGAUUCAAAGGACACCCGUUGAGGAAAGACUACCCUCUUGUUGGGUACACUGAGGUGCGUUACGACGAUGAACUGAAGAAGUUGGUGUACGAACCAGUGGAAUUCGCACAAGAAUAUCGCAGUUUUAAACUACAAUCUCCAUGGGGAUAUUCGAAGAAUUUCCAUGAAGGAUACAAUAACCCAAAAGAAGAACCGGUAAAAGCGUAGUUAUUUAUUUUAGAAAGUGAGAUCCAUUAGUGAAUGUACUUUUGUGCAUGCUUUGUUUUUUAAUAGUUUCUAGUUUUAUUAAUUGGAAUUAAAAGUUACGUGCUUGUGCAUA